AUGACUCGAUUUCGACCAUGUAUAGACCUGCACGCCGGCCAGGUCAAGCAGAUUGUUGGCGGCACUCUGGACAGCGCCUCGUCAUCCCUGCAAACGAACCAUGUGUCACCACACCCUCCGUCGUACUUUGCCGAGCUGUACCGGAGCAACUCACUGCAGGGCGCUCAUGUCAUCAUGCUGGGACCGGGAAACACGGAGUCAGCCAAGCAGGCGUUGCAGGCGUGGCCGGGCCACCUGCAAGUAGGCGGCAGUAUCAAUGACAGGAACGCAAAGGAGUGGCUGGACGCGGGGGCUUCGAAGGUCAUCAUCACCUCAUAUCUCUUCCCGCAAGGAAACUUCAGCCAAUCGAGGCUCGACGCUGUUCUGGAAGCACUGGGCGGAGACAGGAGCAAGCUGGUCAUCGAUCUGAGCUGUCGCCGCCGCGGGGAGGACUCGUGGUUUGUGGCCAUGGACAAAUGGCAGACAGUCACCGAUAUGGAGGUCAAUCAAGAGUCUAUCAGAGCCCUGGAGCCGUACUGCUCCGAGUUCUUGAUUCAUGCGGCAGAUAACGAGGGCCUGCAGAAGGGCAUAGACGAGGCAUUGGUGGGCAGAUUGGCAGAGUGGUGCUCCAUCCCCGUCACUUAUGCUGGUGGAGGGCGGAGUCUGGAAGACUUGGACCUCGUCGACCGGCUCAGUCGUGGCAAAGUCGACUUGACUAUUGGCAGUGCGCUGGACUGUUUUGGUGGAAAUGGAGUCAAGUUUGAUGAUUGUGUGGCUUGGAAUAGAAGAGCAGGGAGCUCAGCCGGGUGA